AUGCUGUCGGAUAUGGCAUCACCUGAUCAGUGGAGAACCUUCGUCCAGCGAUGUCUGGCACAUCGCGUAGACGUCGAUGAGUUCAAGAAUCUAUCGAAGUUGAUGCAGCACCGAUCACCAUUGAAAGAAGAUGACCUGCUUGAUCUUCUUCUCGAGGCCCGCGCUGCAUCCAGCAUUGCCUGGGACCCGCUCCUGCCGGUCUACGUCGAUGGGCUGUGCAAGGUCGGCCAGGUGAAGGCGGCGUCAGCAUUGCGAAGGCUAUUGGCACAUUCAUCCAUUCGCCAAAAAUCGGAAUCAAAGCGCAACAUGUCCACACUGAUGACGGACAUUAAGGUCAUUCAGGAUGUCAUGCUUUCCAUCUCAACUGGAGCGAUUCCACGGCGGAUUGCAGAAGCGGCAGAACUCUAUGAUGCGACGGUCGAAUGGAUUGUAGCCGUUGUUGAAUGGCACAAUCAUGGUGUCUCACAGCAAACUGGUGGUCUGAUGGGCUCUCCCGAUGCUGUCUCCUUGUUUGAGUCGCUUGGUAUCUUGCUUGCGGCUCUGUCAGGCACAUCGAAGGGCCUGGAAACGCUAUCCAGCGACUAUCAUCAAGAAUUGAAAACAAAGCUGGGUCAGGCUCUGACCUCUUAUUUACCUUUAUGUGUCGAUGUGUCCCUGCCUCUGCGUCACAGACUGGACGCGCUGCAAAAGGAGUUCAACCUGUAUGGACAGCAACCUUCUAAGCAAUUGGAUCCUCCAGCUAUCGAUGGCAUGAACGUCAAUUCCCUCCAGUUCGAGGCUUCGGUGAUGGACGGGCCAGUCAUAAACACUAGAGCUGGUCUCUACGUGUAUCUCAAUUCCAUGCUUGUGGGACGUCCAUUGGUCGAUGAUUCAAUGUUGAUCAAUUACCUCACCAACCGCUAUGAGGGCCAUCAAGAAGUCUUGGUGGUGGAGAUCACAACAGCCGCUUUUGAUGUCCUAUCCAAUGGCGUCCACCGCAACGAGUCCAGUCGAACCAUGUUCCUGUUCAGAACCUUCCUUGUCAACAAGCUCCCGGCAUUUUUUGCCGCAAUGACAGCAGCCUCGAUGGUGCCGAUUCCAAUGGAGAUGUGUAUCACCCAAGCACUCAGCCGCCUUGACCCAAAUUCGUUCCCCUCGUUCUCUCAAAUGUUCUCCAUGCAAGGGAGCAGCAUUCUCUCCGAUGCCCGCCAAGAGUUCCUUUUUGCUUGUGCAUCUCACAGACUCAUUCAGGAGUCUAGUAUCGAGCGGCUGCUAGGAGAGAACCCUAUGCAGACCGUACCUGUGGGCGGUCCUUACCAGAAAGAUGAUCUUGUCUCGCAAAUCAACAACAGCCCUGAGCGUGCUGAGCAAUUGAUUGGAGAGAUCGAGUCGAUGGAGGGCAAUGCAGGUGCCAUUGUUGGUGCUAUCACUGAGGUGAUGUUCAACCUGUGCAAUCAGAAAGAGACAAUGACUCUAAAAAACAUCUGCAACUCCCUCUCCCGCCGCCCACAAACCUUGGAUGUCAUCCUUUUAUUCCGAACCACAAAACAAGUCCUCCAGCCUCUUUGUACUCUGCUAGAUUCAUGGCGAUGGGAUGAAGAUCAAGGCGAGAACCAGCCGGUCUACGAUGAGUUUGGCAGCAUCCUGCUACUAGUGCUUGUCUUCAAGUACCGGUACGACUUGAGUCCUGCUGACAUGGGUAUCUCGAGCAAUGACUCGUUCUUGCUGAAAUUGCUAGAUCGGGCCUCUUGCAGUCAGAAGCUGACGGAGUUGAGUGAGAAGCAAAACAAGGAUCUUGGAGCGUGGAUCGGAGCUUUGUUCAUUGCUGAGGGUAUCAAUGAAGAGAUCAUGUCGACUUGUAGUCCACAGGAAUUCUACAUGCUUGUUGCGACUUUGUUCGAUCAGAGUCUUGGAGCCUGCGAGUCGGGGAAGAUGGACUUUGAAACGCUCAAAGGCGGGUUUGAAUAUCUUCUUGAGCCAUUUUUGCUCCCAUCUCUGGUGGUGGCACUUACUUGGCUCGGUAACCACAUCUGGCAGUCAGAAACUGAGCCCGAGAUUCCCUUGAAGACUCUUUUCUCUCUGAUUAAGCCCAGCUCUAUCUCUGGUGAAGCGCAAGCUAUUCACAAGACAGUUCUGAAUAUCACUGCUCGCCCAUUGGAGGAACAACUGAAAGAUGUCCGUACAAGACAUCAAGCUCGGCAAAAUAUCGACAAAAUCUCAGACAUCAAACCCAUCCUCGACACUCUAGAUCAGUACCUCUCUUUCCGACGCGUUGGUAGCUGCCUGCGCUCGGAACUCGAGAUAUGGGCCGCUCCAGCAGCAGGUGGGUUCCCGGGCAGUAUCCGCGGAACUCUCCAGUCCCUCACCUUAUGGAGUGCCAGCUCGGAAAUUUCUCUACAACCGCAGUCCUACACCCACCGCCAGUUGCUCGCUGGAAUCCGUAUCCUUGGCUCGACGCGCGUCUUGGGUGCUCUGAUCGACGAACUAAAACAGCAGACUGAAGCGGGCAGCGGUGACCUCGCCCUGGACAUCGCGGCAACCAUGAUAUGUACCCCGAUGCCCGAGUCCUUCGCUGUCGACCAAAACAUCUGCCAUCCUGUCGAUCCGACCAAAGAAUCCCUCCCGCGCUGCGCAAAUCUCACCCUCCGCGAUGCUCUCUCCCUCCAGCACCAGAACGUGCCCAAAAUCUCCGAGAAGGAUCCUCUCCGCGCAGAGGUCAUCGUCCGUCUCUGGCGCCGUGUUAGCCUCCUCGCUGCCCCACCAUCUCGAGUGUCCAACAUCGACGUCAGCAACAUCAUUCAGAACAUGGAGCUCGGCGUCGAGGGCCAAGAUCGUAUGAACCUUGACGGGACAGAUGGCGGUGUCGGCGGCACUGGCGUUGGCGACGACGAUCCGGGCAAUAUUGACCAGAUGCUUGACAAGGCUGCGGCGGCUGCGGCGGCGGGGAUGGAUAGCGGUGUUGGCCAGGAAAUGGGACUUGACGCUGGUGUUGGCGGAAUGGAUGCGAUUGACGACGUGCUCAACGCUGCGGAUAUGGCGGUGGGUAACCCGGAGUUCCUAGAUCUGGAUAUGGAGGGCAUGUUUUAG